AUGGAAAGUUCGCGUAAUGAGUCGAAAAUGUCGCGCCUUGCCGAUUACUUCGUCAUCGUUGGCUACGACCACGAGCAGGAGCGAAUCGGUUCGAGGAAAGGAAAAAUUGUACAAAGGUUUCCAGAAACAGACUGGCCGGACACACCGUUCAUCGAAGGAAUAGAACUGUUCUGUCAACCGCAAGGAUGGGCCCUCUCAACCGUCCGCCAGGAGCCACAGUUUUUUGUGUCGGUGCUGACAGACAUGGACGGCAAUCGGCACUACUGCGCGUGCCUUUCCUUCAACGAAACGAUCGCCAUCACACCGAGCAAACCGAUCGACGAGGAAGAGGAGGAUGAUAAUCUCUCGCCCACCACUGGUGGACGCGGUGGGACCGCGGCUGGUCCGGGUGCUGGUGUGCUGGUCGGCAACAGCGGCAGUAGCAGUGGCCCGCCGUCAAUAACACACCACAGCAUCAUGUACGCACCGAAGUGUUUGGUGAUCGUGUCACGGCUCGAGUACAUUGAGGCGUUCCGGAACUGCCUCGGUACGAUCUACACCGUGUACCUGGAGAGUCUCAAGUUCCAGCUGCACUAUCUGAUCGGUAGUAUCCUCGGUUGCAUCCAGGUGCCGCCCCCCGGUGGUCCACCGGUUCGCUUUUCGAUCGGUGCCGGCGACAAGCAGAUCCUGCAGCCUCCACUCUCGAACACACUCCCGGUGACCGGUUCGUGCGUCAGUUUGCUCUUUCAUCAACUGGGAAUUAAGAACGUGAUGCUGUUGUUUUGUGCCGUCAUGACCGAGCACAAGAUCCUGUUUCACUCGACGAGCUACACCCGACUGACGGACAGCUGCCGGGCGUUGACGGCACUGAUGUAUCCGUUCCGGUACAGCCUCGUGUACAUUCCGAUACUGCCCGCGUCGCUGCUGGAGAUACUCACCAUGCCGACCACCUUCAUCAUGGGCAUCCACAGUUCGCAGCGGUCGGAGAUUAGCGAAAUAUUGGACGUGAUCGUGGCGGACUUGGACGGUGGUUCGAUACACAUUCCUGAGUCGUUGGUGCCACCGAUUGCGCGGCUACCGGCAUCGCUGUGGGACUCGACCGAGCACGCACUGCGGAUGGUGCUGCAUCCGGAGUUGGCCCUGGCUGACCUUGCCUUCCCGGUGUACAGUGGCGUCCCGGGGGGACACCCGAUGCUCGGUUUGAACAACAACAUCAAUCAGGCUGUCGCUCAGAUAGGGGGCGGCAAUAACGCCAGCGCAAGCAAUGGGUACAGUUUUCGCGAGCAGAAGAAUGACAUAAUGUUGGACAAGGAAAUACGGGCCGUGUUUAUGCGACUGUUUGCCCAGCUCCUGCAAGGCUACCGGUCCUACCUGACGCUGAUUCGCAUCAACCCGAAACCGAUCAUUCAGUUUCACCGGGCAGGGUUUCUUGGUGCCCGCGACCUGCUGGACUGCGAGUUCUUGUCACGCGUGCUCGACAGUAUGUUCUUCACGGGGUUCGUGACGGAGCGAGGGCCACCGUGGCGUGCGUGCGAUGCCUGGGACGAACUGUACAGCACUAUGAACGAUCUGCUCAAGACGGAAGCGCACGAUCCGGCUCUCGUGCUCGUGCACAUACAGGACCUGGCGAAGCAACUGUACACCAACGAACACCCGAACCCACAGCCAUUCCAACAGAAGGUACUCCGACCGCCUGACGGAGCGUUCGCGCGCAUCCACCAACCGCCGAUGCCGCUGAUCGAUGGGCAGGAGGUGCAGAGCGUCAUCAACGAUGGGCUGCAGGCGAACGAUCUUCACGCACGCAUGCAGCCGGUCCGGGCGAAGCUGCGGAUCGUCCCGAUGGGACCGUACCUCAAGCCGGCACCGCAGGAGUCACGUCCGAUCGUUAACAAUAGUGCGCGCAAGCUAGAGGUGCUACGGAACUGUAUUAGCUGUAUCUUUGACAACAAGAUCACGGAGGCACGCAAGAGCUUCCCGGCCGUGCUGCGGAUACUGAAGCAACGGGAAGCCCGGCUAACGAUGUGCCGCGAGCUGGCAAAGAUAGGCAACCAGGGCAACAAGCAGCUUGAUCAUCAGCAGUUCGAUUUGGUGAUCAAACUGAUGAACCGCGCGCUGCAGGACGACUCGGUGAAGGAUGAGUACGGUGUGGCGGCUGCCCUGCUGCCCCUUUCGUCGCUCUUCUGUCGGAAACUGUGCACGGGGGUGUUCCAGUAUGCGUACACCUGCAUCCAGGAUCAUCCGGUGUGGAAAUCGCAGCAGUUCUGGGAAGACGCCUACUACCAGGAAGUGCAAACGGCCAUCAAGGAGCUGUAUCUGCCGCUGGCUAACUGGCCAAAAACGACCGGCAGUGGACCUGGCGGUGCUAUCGGUGGUGGAGUGCUCGGUGGAAACGUUGACAGUUGUUCGCUCAUGUCGGCAUCCGUUUCGCGGGAUAAACUCGAUCGUGCGUCGAUCCUGUCGCGGGCUCAAGAACCGUCGGCGCUGGAGAUCGCUGCGGAUCAGAUGCGCGAGUGGGCCACGAUGGAUGCCGUCACCCAGCAGGAGCUAACGAACAAGGAAGAGAGUACGCUCUACAGUCACGCGAUUCACUAUGCUUACCGCAUGGUGUAUCUACUAGUUCCGCAGGACGUCGGAGGGGCGGUCGGUCGGGUGCAACGGGACAAGGAUGGGCGCCAUCUGGAGGACGACACUAGCGUGUCGAACAGUGUUAUCGAAUCGCGGAGCCACAACAGCGACCACAACAGUGACGAGGGCUUCGAGGAACCCGAUCCGAGCGAAACGGGUACCGCGGUCACGAAGAUGGUGUGCAAGUUCAUCGAUCGCGUUUGCACCGAGGGUAACGUGACGGCGGAACAUGUACGCAACCUGCACCAGAUGGUACCGGGUACGAUUCAGAUGCACAUCGAGAUGCUGGAGGCGGUCGCACGGGAAGCGAAACGUAUUCCACCGAUCCAAAAGCCGAAGCUACAGUAUCCGGUGCUGCUGCAGGACGAGAAGAUUAUCCUCGAACUGCGUGCGUACCUGCUGGCGGACGGGCGCGAGGACAAGGAGGGUGGUAGCAGCGGGACACUGCUGCCGGCCGAGGGUGCUCUAUUUCUCACCAACUACCGUGUGGUGUUUCGUGGCUCACCGUGCGAUUCCUACUCAUGCGAGCAGAGCGUCGUACGGGCUUUUCCCAUCUCGUCGCUCACGAAGGAGAAACGCCUGACCGUCAUCUAUCUGCAGCAUGUCGAACAGGUCCUACCGGAGGGUAUGCAGCUACGCUCGUGUACCUUCCAGCUGAUAAAGGUGGCGUUCGACGAGGAAGUACCCCAGGAGCAGGUUGACGCGUUUCGGAAGGCGGUGCAGAAGGUGCGCUAUCCGGAGGAUGAGUUCGGUCAUUUUGCGUUCGCCACCCACGGACUGGCGCAUCCGGGUUUGCUAGGCCCACGGCACAAGGUGAAGGAGAAGAACGCAACGCUGAAAGACUUUGCGAAGAAAACGUUGCUCCGGACGGCGAUGAAGGCGGGUUUUAAGCAGAAGGCGGGUGCGACGAAGCGCAAGUACAUCCUACCCGGUAACGUCGAGUACGGCGUGGAUGGGUACGGCGGUGGUAUGCUGGGUGGAGGUGGAGGUAGCGGUGGACCAGGGGGAGGCCUCGGUGUUGGUGGUAUGGGCGAGAGUAACAAUAAUAACGAUGACGAUGAUGCGUCCGACGAUGGAACGGAUACGCUGCCCCGGGUGCAGGUGAAGGAUGUGGAGAGGCUGAAGGAGCGGAGCUACGUGCGCGACUGGUUGCGGUUGGGUCUGGGUGAUGUGCAGACGACCGGUUACCGGAUCACUCCGGUUAACAGUAACUACAGCGUGUGCCGGACGUAUCCAGCAAUGCUCGUCUGCCCGAAGGAAGUGUCCGACGACUCGCUACGCUGUAUGGCCCGGUGUUACAAGCAACAUCGUAUCCCGGUGGCAACCUGGCGCCAUCAGAAUGGCGCGACGCUGCUUCGAGGAGCGGUACCGCAGGCGAAAGGUGUGAUGGGUAUGUUGAAGGGUCAUCCGGGCUCGACGAACACAUCGACCGACAGUACAAGCUUCCAGGAGCAGGAUCGAUACUUUGUUCAGGUGAUCAAGAUGACACCACACACGCGCACCAUCCGUCACCAAGCGUGGGGCCUGUCGGAUUCGAACAUCUCGCUCGACUCGCUCGCGUUGGCCGCAAGCAAUCUGAUGAUUCGCUCGGAUAUGUCCACGCUAACGCCCGAUAUCGGCCGGAAGCAUCACAACGUGUCCGGUGGGGAUGGCAGUGCGAACGCGAGCGGCGGCAGUUCCGGUGGUCUCUAUUCGAUGAACAAUUCGUCCUUCUCGAGCUUCGGUGCGAUGCGCUCGAACGUUGUGAAAUCGACGAAGUGGGCCUCCCUCCGGCCAAAUCGCAACUCCAUGGCGGUGGGAGGUGGCGGCUCGGGCCCGGAUUCAAGCAGUCUGCGGGAUGUAAACCACUGGGACCAAAGGGAUCACCAUCAUCACGGUGGAGGGGCUGGCGGUGGUGGUGGUGGUAGUGGUGGCCAUGGACCAUCAUCAGCGCAUUACACCUUCCAGCGGGUGCCGCUCUACUUUCUGGGCGAAAAGUCGCAAUCCAAGUCGGCCAAGCUGUCGGAAAUGUGUGCCGAGUUCAUCCCGGUGGACUACACGGACGUGCGGCACUCGCGGACAGCGUUCAAGAAGCUGAUGCGUGCUUGCCUGCCGUCCUGCGACACGAACGAACCGGAUCAAACGUUCGCCAAGCUGGUGGAGCAGUCGGACUGGUUGCAGCAGAUUCGGGGUCUACUGCAGCUCUCCGGUGCCGUGGUGGAUCUGAUGGACCUGCAGGAGUCAAGCGUAACGUUGGCGCUCGAAGAUGGUUGGGAUGUGACGGCACAAAUAUCCUCCCUGGCCCAGCUCUGCCUCGAUCCGUUUUAUCGCACUAUCGAGGGCUUCCGGGUGCUGAUCGAGAAGGAAUGGCUUGCGUUUGGACACCGGUUCGGACAUCGAAGCAACCUAAAGCCCAACUCUAGCUCCGGGUCACCGUUUGCCCCCACGUUCCUGCAGUUCCUGGACGCGGUGCACCAGAUUCAACAGCAGUUUCCGCUGGCGUUCGAAUUCAACGAGUUCUACCUCCGCUUCCUGGCCUACCAUCAUGUGUCGAGCCGAUUCCGGACGUUCCUGUUCGACUGUGAGUUGGAGCGGGUCGACUUUGGCAUCACGGCGAUCGACGAUAAGCGUGGUUCGCUUAACUCGCAUCACAAGCACGUCGUCGAGGCGCUGACGAUCUCCGACGACGAUAAUCUCAUCUACCCGGGUAUGGUCGGGGGAAGCGGAAGCGGCGGACCUAGCGGAAACGGUGGUCCCGGCACGGUGGGAGCUUCCGGCGGUGCGUCUGGCGGUGUCGGUGGACGGGCAAAUUCUAACACGCAAAAGUUUGGCCCCUCGCUGUUCGACUAUAUCGAGCGGCAGCACGCAAAGUGUCCAAUGUUCUACAACUUUAUGUACACACCCGAUCCGGAACGGACGGUGCUGCGACCGCAAAGUUCAAUCUCGUUGCUUGAAAUCUGGUCGUACUACUUGGGCGAAGAGCUAGCCCAGGGUCCACCGUACGAUCCGGAGCUCGUGGGCAACGACGGAAUGGAUGACGACUGCGACUACAUGUACUCGUCGACGGCGAUGGCGGGCGGUGUUGGUGCUGGGAAUGCCGGCAGUUUGGGCAGUACGGGGGGCGGUGGCGGUGGUAACGGUGGACCAUCGGGUGCGCUGAUGCGGCAACCUCGUCGGCGUGUGGUCACGGUAAACUACGACAGUUUGGCCCGGUACGAGGCGGAUGCAUUUACGAAGCUGCUCGACGAGCUGAAGACGGCCGAAUCGGAGCGGGGACUUUUACCGCAAAAGUGGCGCCAGGUGUGGGAUAAGCUCGAGCUGCCACAUUCCGAUUCGCUGACACGUCACGCGUCCUUCAGUAGCGCACUGGUGCGUUCGCAUGGACGAAUGCGACACAAGAGGUCCACUCUGGAGAUUCUCAUGCGCGGAAGGCAGGCCGGUUUCCAUCAGGAAAACUUCCUCCAUCCUCAUCGUUUUGAGAAGCACGUCUACUCGGCUCCGGUCAACUGCAACCACUGUGGCAACGUUCUCUGGGGCCCUCUGUUGAACAGCAUAAGAUGCGUUGACUGUGGUAACACGUACCACGAAAAGUGUGCCGAAUCGGUUCCCAAAAACUGCACCAAAUAUAAGGCGGUCGAAAACGGUAACCAACCGACGCUCGCGCGCACUCAGGACAAGGACAGUGUCACGUCGAGCGUGAACACAACCAACACCAACAGUCAGCGGUACUACGAGCAGUACGACAGCAAGGUGGCCGACGAUCGAACACAUGAAGGCUACCUAUACAAACGUGGUGCAAUCCUAAAGAACUGGAAACAGCGCUGGUUUGUGCUGGAUUCGCACAAACAUCAACUGCGGUACUACGACACGAUGGACGACUGCAGUUGUAAAGGAUUCAUAGAACUAGCUGAAGUACAAUCGGUCGCACAAGCGCCCCCACAAACCGCACCGGCUCCUUCGAAGAAGGUUGAUGAUCGUGCGUUUUUCGAUCUCAAAACUAGCCGACGCACGUACAACUUCUACGCCCAGGAAGCGACCAGCGCGCAGGAGUGGAUCGAAAAAAUUCAAGCCUGUCUGCAGUAGACACACAACUACCUCGUGGCUCACAAACACUUUGAUGCAGGCCAGCAAAAAGACUAGAUAAAGUUAUUAUUGCCUCCAGCAUAACAAUGGGUGGGGGUGGGAGAUGGCUUAUAUGGUCGUUCUUCAUUCCCGGCGUUAUUAGCAUACAGGCAUUUUGGACAACCCGAAACAUCUUCCGUUUCGCGUUAUUGUUAGUUCCAGUUCUGUACUAUAAUACUGCUUUCCUUUGGAAGCAUCAACAGCACAGGCUCACGUGUGUGACGCUUGAAACAAAGACCAUCUCACUGCCGCAAAAGGGCAAACUUUAUAAUGCUCAAUAAUUAAAAAGAAAAGCACGGGCUUUGGUAACGCAUGCCCUCACGUUGCAUCAAUCCCCCCAGUGAACAAAAAAUACUGAGGCUGGGUGCCUUUUGGAGCACGAAUUGCUUCGCGAUAUUCUUUGUGUUGAACUAAUACUGACAGAGGAAAGCGCUACGAUAAUUCCAUCUGGCCUUUGCUCUGCGUGGAAAACAUUUGAUUUAAGAGGACAGUAACGCGGGUAAUCUCAAUCAUUCUUUAAUUGUAUUUUUGUUUCUCCUCCGUU